UUGGAUGCCUCGAACAACUUCAACUUCCGGUCAUCGUGUGGUGAAAUCUAACGAAGGAAAAUAAGAAAAUUUCAAAGCAGACACCAAAGGGUCAGCAUGGCUGCAGAAGUUGAAAUAGAUGACUCUUUGUACAGCCGUCAGCGCUAUGUGCUUGGUGAUAGUGCCAUGAAGAGGAUGGCUAAUGCCUCAGUGCUGGUCUAUGGUAUGGGAGGUCUAGGAAUAGAGAUAGCAAAGAAUAUUGUAUUGGCUGGGAUAAAGUCCUUGACGAUACAAGAUGAGCGGACAGCCACAGCAGCUGAUCUGGGAGUCCAGUUCUUCCUUACAGAGGAAGAUAUAGCACAGGGGAAGAACAGAGCUGCAGCAAGUGAAGUUAGACUGGCAGAGUUAAACCCAUAUGUUAGUAUAAACAGUCUGACCACUGGAGUGGACAGCAACACUGACCUCUCAUACCUUACCCAGUACCAAUGUGUUAUAUUGACAGAGGUGCCUCUACAACUACAGCUCAAAAUCAACCAGCUAUGCAGAACCCAGUCACCUCCUAUCCAGUUUAUCAGUGCAGAUGUAUAUGGACUUGUGAGUAGCGUAUUCUGUGAUUUUGGGGAUGAAUUUGAAGUGAUGGAUGUAAACGGAGAAGAAAUCAGGGAUACAUUUAUAGAAAAUGUGACAAAGGAUAACCCUGGAGUUGUAACGUGUCUGAAGGACAAGUUUCAUGGACUUGAAACAGGUGAUAUGGUGACCUUCAGGGAGCUCAAUGGAAUGGCUGCACUGAAUGGAAUGACCUGCAAGGUCAAAGUAUUAACCCCAUCGACUUUUGCGAUCUGUGAUACCAGUGGGGAAGCCUUCACACCAUACGAACAUGGCGGCAUCAUCACCCAGGUCAAGGCCUCACAGAAAUUCUCAUUUAAAAGUAUGGAGUCACAGCUGAAGGACCCUGCUCUAUUGAUACCAGAUCUGUCCAAAUUUGGUGCUCCCUCAAAUCUACACCUAGCAAUGCUAGCUCUACACCAAUACCACCAGGAACAUAACUGCCAGCUCCCUAAUGUAUGGUGUCAGAAAGAUGCAGCUAGAGUUGUGUCCCUUGCACAUGACAUGAACAGCAACCUUAUUAACAAGGUGGAGCCAGUAGAUGAGGACCUGGUGCGGAUGUUGUCAUUCACAGCUCGUGGUUGUUUCGCGCCUCUGUGUGCAGCCAUUGGUGGGUUUGUGGCACAAGAAGGACUCAAAGCGCUUACUGGGAAGUUCACUCCCCUCAAUCAAUGGCUUUACCUAGAUGCAGUUGAUGUUGUAAGUAAGAAGGACACCACUGAUCCAGCACAGUUUCAGCCAAGAGGUGAUCGAUAUGAUGCUUUAAGGAUCUGUAUAGGAGAGAGCAAAUGUUGUCAGUUAGCCAACACAAGGUUGUUUAUGGUGGGCUGUGGGGCUAUUGGCUGUGAGAUGCUAAAGAACUAUGCCCUGAUGGGGAUUGCUUCACAAGAUAAGGGCCAGAUAACUAUAACAGACAACGACCUUAUAGAGAAGUCCAAUUUGAACAGGCAGUUUUUGUUUCGGCCACACCACAUUCGGAAACCAAAGAGCACAACUGCCGCCCAGUCAGCCAAUGAAAUUAAUCCAGCAUUACGAAUUGAAGCUCAACAGCACAAAGUGUGUCCUCAGACUGAAGCAGAACAUUACAAUGAUGAUUUCUUUGGAAACCAAGACUUGGUGGUGAAUGCUUUGGACAACGUGGAGGCUCGGCGAUACGUGGACAGUCGGUGUGUGACCAAUCAGAAGGCCCUGUUGGAGUCUGGUACCAUGGGAACAAAAGGUCAUGUACAGGUUAUAAUACCUCACCUGACAGAGUCCUAUGGUAGUCAGAGGGACCCAGUAGAUGAGGAUAUACCUUACUGUACACUCAAGUCAUUUCCUGCUCAGAUAGAACACUGCAUACAGUGGGCAAGAGACAAGUUUGAGAGCUCCUUUGUACAGAAACCAGCUUUAUUUAACAAGUUUUGGACGACCCAGGGUCAACCACAACAAGUCAUAGAGACUCUAAAGCGUGGGUCACCACUUGAGGGUGCAAUCCAGAUCAGCAAGAUCUUGCGUUCAAAGCCUGUAAACUGGUGUACAUGUGUAGUACUAGCUAGACUCAAGUUUGAGAAAUACUUCAACCACAAGGCAAGACAUCUACUACAUCACUUCCCAUUAGAUACAAGAUUAAAGGAUGGCUCCCUUUUUUGGCAGUCUCCGAAGCGACCACCAGUGCCUCAGGAAUUCAAUGUAGGAGAUUCUUCGCAUUUGUCUUUCAUCAUUAGUACAGCGAAACUGUAUGCUCAUGCAAGUAGGAUACCUGUCUCAGCUCAGGAGGUGACGCCAAGUAUUAUCAGUGAUAUUCUACAAUCAGUUGAGGUGCCUGAGUAUAAACCGUCCUCAAAGUCCGUUGUGACAGACGAGAGUGCUAAAAGGGAACAAGACACAAGUGGUGACGACGACUUCGUGGACGCAGCCAAUAGGAUGGAAUCCGCAAUUCAACAAGCCGGGACACAUGAAAAAGUGAUAAAAGAGAUGGAGGUUGCUGAGUUUGAGAAAGAUGAUGAUGCAAAUAGUCACAUAGACUUCAUCACUGCAGCUGCAAACCUCAGAGCAGCUAUGUAUAGUAUAGACAGUGCUGAUAGACUCAAAGUCAAACGUAUUGCUGGUCGAAUUGUACCCGCCAUCGCCACAACAACAGCAGCUGUAGCUGGGCUGGUUUCUAUAGAACUGAUUAAGGCUCUAGACAAGUGCCCUAUAGAAAGUUACAAAAACUGCUUCCUGAACCUGGCCUUGCCUGUGAUAGUGUUGUCGGAGCCAGGGCCAGUAGAAAAGGUUGUUCUCAAGGAGGGCCUGAGUGUGACCAUGUGGGACAGAUGGGAUGUCCAGGGCAACAAAGACUAUACACUCCAGGAGUUUCUGCAAUUCUUUCAGACCAAGUUUGGUUUUGAAGCUACUAUGGUGGGCCAUGGAGUAAAGAUGGUGUAUGUGCCCUUCAUGCCUGGUCAUUCCAAGAGGCUACCUCAGACGAUGGUGAAACUGUUGAAACCGUCGUCCCGUAUACGAUAUGUAGACCUGGUGGUGUCACUCCAGGGAGAGAGUGAGGAAGAUAUACCUGGGCCACCCGUCAGAUACUUCUUCAACCUGUGAUAACCCACAUCUGUACUGUGAUUCCCUGAACCCGCUAAUUUAAACUGUAGUCUUAAAACAUGUAUAUGUGAUAAUAAUUUAAUGUAUUUGUGUACAACUGGUGAGUGUUAUUGGACCAUUUCACUGAGACAUGAACAAUGUGUGUGUGAUAAAUUUAAUGAAGUUCAUGGAGAAAUGAAAGCUGUGUGUCUACUGACAUUGAGAUAUGAAUGGUUUGUGAAAAUACAAGUUCAGUUAGGUCUUAUCCCUGUCUCCAUAAUGUGUAUUUGUGCAAAUGAUAUGUGAUGACUAAUCAAAGAGACACAAAACAAGUAUACAACAUAUGUCUGUUGAUAGAGUGAUUCACGAGGACAUGAAUGCCAUGUCUAAAGCUGUAUUACAUAGAACAAGUGGUGGUGAUAGUGACUGAUACCUGUAUGAGAUAUACCAUUUAAAAUGAAUAUUUAUUGUGUUGUGACUUUAUUAACGUAUCAAAUAUAUUAAUUAUGUACAUGUUCAGUUGCUAAUUAUCAGCCCACCUGCCCUGUUUUGGUAAAGCAGUUGACAUUAUAUUUUCCUGUAAACAACUUCUCUAUAGCCAAGCAGCCUAGAGUCAGGCUCUCAGUCAAGUAGUAUGGGAGGAUGAAGGAUUUUGGUCAAAUGAAUGACUUUGACCCCACUUUCAGGGUCAUAGAAAUCGUAUGUGUAAAAGUCUUAAUAACAACUUUUCCUGAACAACCAUGAGGUAUUCAGUCGUGAUUUUUCGCCCAGUAGUGUGCUGGAUAGACUGGCCCCCAUGUCUCUAGAAUAUCAAGAUUAUAAACAAAAUUGGGCUUCAUAACUUUGGUCCCUAGGAUAUGUCUGAUUCCUAUGUUUUAAACUAGGCUGAGAUAAUCUAGUAUUAGAAUUAAGCUUGACAAUUCUUAAUAAAAACCUUAGCGUUUUGUGGCCAGUCUAUGCUGGAGUAAAGGCUAAAAAUUUGUAUUCAAUUCAAUUACUUAACAUUGAAGAUGAAGAAAUAAAGCUAAAUGAAAUAAAGAAUCUGACAAAUUUCUAUGCUACAAAAUACAUUUAGAGUGAAUGGUAUAGUGAUCUUAAUUUAACCAUAACUUAAGGUUAUGAUGCUUUCCUAUCUAUAUAACAAUAGAGAGGUCGAUGAGACCAAUCAUUCUGGUAAUGCUCUUGUUACCUCUUGUGAAUUUGCAUAUUCAUAAUAAUCAUAUUUUUUUGUGAAUUAAUUAGCAGUCUGGAAAAGGCUGUGCAUUCUUACACAUCUGCUUAACAUAAAAAUACAUCUUUUGAAGUUUAAAUCUUUUCAUACCAAAAGAAAUACAUACAGGAUUUAUGAAUUUUUUUUAUUUCAAUUUUAACUACAAUUUUCCUGAAAGAUAUCUGAACAAUAGCUUUCAUGAAUUUAAAGUCUGCUGUUUACAAUUUGCAGAGGAAUUAUAACAAUACAUGUCUUUUUAGGUCACCUGAGACGAAGUCUCAAUUGUGACCUAUUCUAAUUGCCUUUUGUCUGUCGUCGUGCAUCGUGCGUCGUUCGUCCGUAAACAAUUUACAUUUUCGACUUCUU